GCGGCGCAGUGACCACUCGAGACUCCGCGCGCCACCCGCGAACGCGCUCCGGCGCCCGCACACGCUUUGUUUUAACUUACACUCGUGUUUAUACUUCACUACUUCCUUCCAAGUAGCUAUAACAACCGAGUCUUAUUUCUCAACUACUCAAACGCAUACCUUCCUUCCGCGGAACACUUAAACUCAAUACAACCUACCAAACUAAUCGCCUUAAACUAAAUACUUUGACUUGUGAUAACGUUUGUCAUCGAUAACUCGGAUGCGUUGCGAAAGUUAUCUCAAAUUAGAUCAGCCUGAUAUUUGAAAUCUGUGCCGGCAGUUCAGUUGCUCUGUCUGGAAACUGUGUUAGUGUAGUGCCUUAGUGACCUGUGAUUACAAUGGUGAAAUGUUCUAGGAAGAGUGUGUCUCUGUCGGAUUUGUGGGUGUCAUCCCACGAGAGGGUGAGCGAUUUUUACGCGUCGGCAUGGCAGAGCGGGGACUCGCCAGUGGCGCUGCUGUGCGUACGCGCGGUGACGCUGGCUGCGGCGCUGGCCAUCCUGGGCUGGUCGGUGUACGAGGGCCGCAACCUGUACUGGCUCGUCUACCUCACCAACUGGGGGCUUGUGCUGGUGUCGGCCAUGCUGCUCAGCGGGCUCGUCGUCUCCAUCGUCGCUAUGUGCAAGCGACCUCCUGAUGUGGGCGAGCUACCAUGGUAUGUGAGCAUGUACUGGUUCUUCUACAACGUGGCGGUGUCCAUGGCGCUGGUCAUCACCGCCCUCUACUGGAUCCUGCUCUACAAUCCUGAAAUGUACAAAGAGAUGGACGCGCGCAUGUUCUGGCUGGACGUGAUGACGCACGGCGUCAACUCGUGCCUGGCGAUGGUGGAGGUGCUGGCGGCGCGCACGCCGGUGCGGCUGUUCCACGUGUACCAACCGCUGGGGUGCGGCCUGUGGUACGCCAUCUUCACGCUCAUCUAUUACGCUGCUGGGGGAACCGAUGGAAACGGGUUCCCGUUCAUCUACGAAGUGCUGGACUGGCGGCAAGGCAAGCGGACUUCCGGCGUGGUGGCGGCGGCUGCCGGCGGACUGAUCAUCGUCUACUUCCUGGUGUGCGGACUCGCCUUCUGCCGGGACAAGUUCACCGCGUUCCUCUUCCGAACCACCAGUGUGACGUUCACAGACGCAUCCACAGACGCCCCCUUCCCUGGGCCUGAUAACUGGGUUUGACAUGUCUAGUAUAAAUAUAUGUAUGAGAUACAAUGGAAAGGAGACCUUUGUCCACGGCAAAUCGGGUUAGCACAAUUAUAAAGUUACUAAAAAUUAUACCUUUCCCCGCUAGUGGGCAAUUGCAUUGGUUUUAUAACGCAUUAACCAAUAGUGCUGAUUCAGAUCGCGCAAUCCUCCACUGCCAUACCAAGGCUACAUGAUUCUAAUCCACUCUAGAACUCUACGACAUCAACAAUAAAUCAAUGACGUUAAUUGAGUUGAAAAAGAUGUACUUACAACAUGUACAUGUACUUACAACUUCAAAUUAUCAACUGUAAUGAAUGACAAACUUGUCAUUAUUAUAUUUUAUUACUUACUUAGGUCUAAGACGAUAAGGAGCUAGCUGAUCCCACUGUUGCGGCGGAUACUCUAGUAGAUAGUCAAAUGACGCCCGCGUUUAUAAGAGUGAAAAAUUAUAAUAGCAAAAUAUGUACCUACGAAUGUAUAAUGUGUCAAUGUAGAUAAGGUUCUCGAAUUAUCAUAUCUAUACCUCUAGAGAAGUUACCUAACUUCAGAAAAUAACUUCAAGUUAGAAUGUUAUUUUAUAAGAUUAAUACAAAUCGUAAAUCCAGCCAAAAAUUGAACCUAUUUAAAAAUACUGCAAGUGCUAAUUAAGCCAAAAUUAUGUGACAUUUCUGUACAUAUUUUACAGGACGAUUGGGCCGUUAACCGAUGUAUAUUGUAAUUUGUGAAAAUAAUGUAACAGUUGAAUAAAUCAAGAAUCUUGCUUGCAUUUUGCUCGUGUAAACAUAAUUUGUCAAAGCCAACAUAUAACCGACGGCGGCCCUCGUAUUUCGUUACCUAUAUAAUGUACUUCUAAUAUAAGGAUAGGCAUUUAAAAAAGUGCAAACCCCGUGUGAUAUGUGCUUUAAAUUAGAAUACUCUAAUUUUUUUGCUAAAAUUGUAUUGUAUUUAAGAUUAAAAUGGGAAAAAAUAUGAUUUUAUUAAUUGUAAUAACAACAAUUUAGGUAUCUGCCAAAAUAGUGUAUAAGUUGUAUUGCUGAAUUUAUACUAAAUUGAUGCAAGUUUACUUACAGGUUUAGGUACCCUUUCAACAGUUUCAAUGAAAUGAAACUGCUUAAAUUGGGAAAGGUUGUAUUGUAAAUAUUGUGAAUAUUAUGUUAUAUUUUAGAUAGUACAUGAAUUGUCAGAUUGUAAUAUAUACAUUAAAACUUAUAUAGUUUGUUUAAUAUUAUUUUGUUAUAAAUAAAUAAAAAAUAAAUCAUACGAAACAC